AUAAACCUAUAUGUAAUUUUUUAAAAAUCGAACAUCUUUGUAAAUCUAUGUUUACAAACAUUGACUAGUUGUUGUUUUUUUGGUCUGAGUUUAAAUAAAACAGUCACUGGCAAAGUUUCUAUUCGUCUGAUACAUUUUUAAGAAGGAACCAGUAAGUAGAUAUCUUACGUUACUUAGACCGUGUCAUCAUGGAAUGAGGUCUCCUUCCAGUCGUGUGCAGGUGUGACAGCAGACGUCACCAAGGGCCAGGCGGAUGUAGCAUGUAUAAUGAGUGAGGCAUUCUACUAUCUCCUGGUUGGCGCGAUCACCAUGACAAUAUGUAUGGGCUCCCUCGAUCUCUUUGGUUGGUCCGGGUCUCCCUAUGAAGAGGAAUCUAGGAUGAAGCCAUCUUGCCAGAAAUGGAAUGCAGCGUGCAAGGAUCCGGCUAAGAGCGCUGGGAACUGGGAAGAAUGGACAGAUCAGGACAAAGAUGUGAACGCUAAAGCAGGACAUCGCAACAAAGGUCAUUCUGAUACCCACGGUAUCUACGUGGCCAAGCCUCGCUACGACCGGGCCUCUCGCGAUGAGAUAUUUAUCAACUCUCAUGAAGACGGGGAACAUCGUGACGCCAAUUUCCCGGAAGAAGAAGAAAAUGGCGGAGUAGAGGAACUCCUCGAAGACCCAGAGGACGAUGGUGUUGACGAUGAGGAGAGUGCUCAGGAAGCCGAGAAUUACAGGUCUCAGCGCCCGCCGCUGCCGGAUUCAAGAGAGGACACCCGAAGGCGACGCAACAGCUGGCGGCAGCAACCCGGAAAAUUCAAGACCAGACCCAGGGUGAGAGAAAGAUCCCCACGCAUGCGCGACAGCGUCGCUCAGACGAGGUAUUUUGAUGAAGAGAUAACUCCCCCAGAGAGAGAGGUUCUAUCAUCUUUCUAUCAGGAGGAGAACGGUCCUCCGUUGUAUUCGGAAAGUUCCAGGAACGCGUUCCUGACUGCUGACAAAAGAUCGACGUAUUAUGAUGAAGAGGCAGAGACGGAACCCUCUGUCCUGGACGACGAAAUGGAUACCAAUCGGAAUCUGUUGAUGCGCAAGAGGAAUUGUAGAAAAUGUUGUUCAAAGGAAUGCCAUAGUCAUGCAUCUACCUCCAGCGAGAGUCACGAGAAUGCUCUACCGAGUGAUUCACUGAAACAGGCUAGAGAGCCGGAAAGCCCUGAGGAGGUCGUCACCUCGAACCAUCUCUACAAGACCAUUUUAUUUAUUGCUUUCAUCUGGUUGUUCAAUGUUGCCUUCGUAAUAUGGUCGAUGACACAGAGAAAUAACGUUAUUAAAAUGAAAGUAACUGAUUAUGUUGACCCACAGCGCCCUUCGAUACCAGAACCUCGUAAAAAAGCUCUGAAUGAACGCAAGGAUAAAACAUCACAAACUGCCAUCCACCCACCAACCCGAGCUUACCACAAGCAUCAAGCCCCAUCCGAGGCCGAGCCCUCACAUCCUCAGCUUCCCGAAUAUUCCCCCACCUAUAACCCCCCACCGCCGCCACGCCCCUACGAGCGUAAUGCUGUCGUCGCCAAGGAGCCGCCUGUGAGCGUAGAGCCGUACAGCCCGACAGACUCGCUUACAGACAUCCCGGUGCGGCUCUACUUCAAAGAUAUAACCGAAGAUCAACAGUACAAUUCCCGACUGAUAAAGGAGUAUGCCAACCCGGCGCCAAGGCAUGGGAGCCAAGAGGCCAGGCCGGACCAUACCUUUGUGUCGUCGGAAACUGCCCAGGGCAUUGAUGAAAUGGUGCACAGUGGAAAUGUGCUAGCCGACACUAAACUAGCAGAUGGAUCCUAUACACGUAAAGCGCGCCCAGGCCAUUCAGGAAGUUUGAUGUCCCGGAUUGAGAGAGUGAAACACUCGGAAUAUGACAUGAACUCUUCAAGAUCGAGGUUUGUGUCUCCGGAACACAAGACAGAUUGGAGUGUUGGUAAGAGAUUCAAUUAUCUCACAGCAGGUUUACCUCGACACACACAUACGAGCAAUCAAAAUCAUUACGAAGAUCGAAAGUUCGGUCGAAAUUUGCGGUCCAACGAACAUACAUCGUUUCUUGGCAAGGAAAUGAACAAAGGUAAUAACCUUUGGUUGAAAGAUAAGCUUAAAACUAGAAGUCUUAGCAAUGCUUCCACAACUGCGAUUCCAGUUUCAGAAGAAAAAGCUAUAAAAAAUUCCCUAAUCACGCGAUCUUUGUCAGCGACAACGCAGUGCCAAUAUCUUCAUUCGGCCAAGUGUAAAAGCACAGUUGUACCCCCAAAAAAUGAAAAGGCAGAGGAUAAUAACAAGGUUGAUGUCCUCAAAACUGCUCUACGGUCCCCUUUGCUGAAACAGGACAACAUUUCCAUGAAAACGAAGGAAAAGGAUGUUUUGAAAAGUCAUGAUGAUGUUCUACGCCCAUCACACAUAGUCGAUGUUCUGACCAGAUAUUUUGAAAGAAUGGAAGAGACGAGAUGUCUUUCAAAACCUUCAACUGUCACUUUAGAAGGUGAGCGAAAAGAUGUUAAAGAAAACAUGUACAAAAUCUUCAACAUGUAUGGUAAUCAAAUGCAGGAGGGUAUCCCCCAUGAAAAAAGUCGCGGUAAACCUAAACCAGUUAUGCCUCCGCCCCCUCUAGGGUAUCACAUUCGAAGCUGCUGCAGCAGUUCAGACACCACCAUUCGUGAAGUAGACAGCAAGUUUGAGCUCAGUUAUCCAGUCAAUCAAGCUACAACCCCUUCGACUAGCGAACGCACAUCGGACGUUGAGGACAAGCAACAGAAGCGCUUCAAGCAAGAUCAGAUUAUAAAUCAAAACAAAACUAAACACAUGAAUAAAGAAUCUUCUGAUAGCGUACGCAUUGCAGCCACAAAAGAUCAUCAGACUGGUGACUGUGAUAUCCUGAAGAAGUAUGUCAUAGUACGUAAAGUAAGUUUCAGCAAAUCCUCUUCAAAGCAACGAAAAGAAACCAGCCAAACUUCAGCAUGUCACCGUAAAUCCAGCAUUCAUGUCAAAAAUGACAAGAAAAACAAAGAUAAAUUGCGUCAAAAUGUAGACUCCUUCGACAGCAAUGACACAAAGCUCAAGUUCGCAAAGAGUUCACAAAUUCUUUCCACUAAUGACGCAAAGCUUCAUACUAACGGAAUUCAAUAUUUGGAUAAACACUCUAAAACUGAGAAAUGUGGCUCCAAGAAAGUCGUUUUAUAUUUUUACGACCCUGCCCAGAAGUCAGAAACCAAAAAGAGAAAGAAGAACUACACUACUUCGGUGCCUAUGAAAUUUGUUGAGCGAAAUUGUAACAAUGAUAAUGAUUUGCUGAAACAUGCUGUCAGGUUUAAAAAGAGUUCACCUUACGAGAACAACGAAUCCAAAGUGAAACACUCUUGUUUUAAUUACAAACCUUUUUUAAAACGCAAGCAUUCGUACAAGAAAAUUCCCCUCUCUGGAUGUGGCUUGUCGACCUCAUCGACUGCUCUGAACGUUAAUGCCAACAAUGGUUCGUCUGACAAAGAGAAUGAUGGGGAUGUCAGCGCCUCGGAGCAAGGUGGGGAUGACUUAGAGAUUGUCUCAGUGUCUGACAUCACAGAGUCGACUGUGGUGCCGCAAACAGAAGAGAAAGCUGAUAUCCCUGAUGAGAAUGCUACGUUGGAGCCCAACUCAGAUGCUGUAGAGGAUGCACUCCCUGAAGCUGUGGCUGAUACGGCGCAGACAGAGUCUAGCCCAAAGACAAAAAUCGACGACGAUGCUUGGGAAAACAGAAAAAGUAUAAUAAUGCAAGCGUGUCACGAAGCGAUCAAAAAUAGACUACAGAGACAGAGCUCUGAGGAUAACGUGGAGACCGAAGAAAGCACCCCGACCACCUCACUGGAACUGGAGCGAAAGGCAUCUCUUCCAGUAAAACUUACGACGGACAACCCCCCUGAAACUACUCCCAUGUCACCAACCCCUCCGUACAAAGACCUAUCUCCAAACGGAUUAAAUAAAAGAAAGAGGAAGCUGAAAACCACCGAGCUCUACAUCAAGUUUGAGAGUAAUAUAUCUAAAAAACUCACCGCGACGAUGGUGAAAGAUAAGAAGAUUGCUUCAAGUAAGAUUCUUUCGGAGCGGAGGUCCUUGCAGUUCCCAAUAGAAAGCUGUAAGCUGGAGGAGGAGAAGAAAUAUGUGUGUGAAACACCAAGGAUGACGAAAAUUGUCAGAGGAAAUGACGAGAAGCUCGAUAAAAAAAAGAGGAAGCAGAACUCGGAAACCAGUCUGGAGCAUCUUGAGAACAAGGAAGAUUUUCGCAGUUCCUGGGCACGUGACCAGACUGACGAUGUAAGUGCUGAUCGCAAAAAUUCCGAGCAUCGAUUCGACGCUGUCAAAGAUCUAUUAAGUGCAGCGUGCAAAGGAGAAGACUUUGAAGCCUCGGAACAAGUUCCUACACCAACACCGAUUUUAAAUCCCAAAUCAAGCUCGCCGAGUCUUCCUACAGCUCGAAAUGCAUUUUGCGAUGUUAAAGUUAAGAGCGCCACCAGCGACGUGACUUCGUACAAGGGAAAACUUUUACAAGCCGCUGUUGAUGCCGAGACGGCACAGAGCAGUUCUUCUGAUAUCAAAGAAGGAAGUCGUAAAAGUGAGCCUUCAUCUACUCAUAAACUAAAAGAGCGCGUUGUGAAGAGAAGCAGGCAUAAGAGCUCCAGUAGCCCCAUAGGUACAAAGAAGGGUACUAAGAAAAAGCGUACAUCCUCUAGCAGAAGCAAAAAAUCCGCGGAUGAAGGAAGCAGAGAGAAAUCUAAGGACUCAUCGAAGAAGCACGUGUUCAACGUGUCCAAAAAGAGUCCUGUUAGAAGUCCCAAAAGCGGUGAGGUCAAAGCGAAAAAAAAAUCCUCCAAGAGUAAAGAUAUUCACGGCGAUGAUAACAGCACUAGCGAAGGCAAGUCGGAGAAAAUUAAGACCAAAAAAAGUGAGAAGUCUGGCGAAAAGAAGAAGAAAAAGAAAAAACGUGAAGAGGUGGAGCAAGACCAAAGCGAAAAAGAUGACGACAGUUCAUUGAAACAAGUCUCGUCCAGUGCUCCAGUUCAGAUACCAAGUUGUGAAAGAAGUAGAAGUCCUACCCCUCGAAGCUCCCCUGCAUUUAGAUCUGCUUCACCAACGGCGGUGUCGUCUAAAAGUCGCUUGAAAGAUAGCAAGCAAAAGAAGACCUCUAAGAACGACAUGUCGUCAGAUUCAGAAAGCCAGGCAGCGGAAAGAUCCAACAGUCUAAACACAGACUUGCCCAACGAGAAAAGUGAAAAAACACGCAAAAUGAGAAAGAAAAGUUGUUCUGUUUCGUCAGCUGACAACAUAGUCAAUUCUUCUAGUGUGAAAAGACUUAGGCCUACGGAAUCUGUUCCGGUAUUUGUGGAUCACGUCACAUCAAAUCAGUCGUUGAAAUCCGACAAAACAGAAAGAAGUACACAGUCCAAUUCAUCCGUUAAAAUGAAAAAGGCUGAUAAAGAUCUACAAAAGGCGGAGCUGGGUUGGAAUGGCUCCUUAGCUUCUGAUCAUGUCAAGCAAGCGGAAGAAAAGUCAAAAAUUCUUCACAGACGUAAAAUGAAGUACAUGAUAGUAAAGGUAAAAAAUGAUAAGUUAGCCACUAGAUUGCGGAACUCCACCAAAAGUAAUGAACCACCGGAAGGUGAUAGUAUCGGUAGCCACAGUGAAAACGAGAUUAAAAGUGAAAAUACGUCGCGAGAAAAGGUCGCUGGUAGCAAUCAGCCAAAGUCUGUUCAAUUCUCUGAAAGCAUAGAAGACAUGGAGGCCCAGAAGAGAGCGUCUUCUGAAGAUAUCUUAACGCCUCCAACCGAGGAAGACGCCCCAGAGCAGCGAAACUCGGAAAAAAGUGAUACUGAAGCAGAGUUAGAUGAAGAUAGAUCAACAACAGAGGCAGAUACUGUCAGAGAAAAGACACAGGAGGUAACUCAGAGAUCUCAUAGCACUCCUCCGGCAAAAAGAAAACCGGUAUGGCUGAAUGGCAAAAAGCCAGAGGUCAACAGACCCGUUCCUAUGCAGCGACAAAGCUUAAUAGGCGGCAAUCCAGGGAAACUAAAGCAGAGACAAUCUUCCGACGCUGUCAUAAAAAGCACUCGUUUUGGUGGCCACGUAUCAUACCCGACUAAGCCAGCGGCGUCACCCAGGACUAGCGCUUUAAGUUUAGGAACUAGGCUGGGAACAUCUCGAGCCGUCAUGCUAAACAGUGGCCAACCAGGGCCUCCGGUGACCAAAGCCAAGAAAGUGACGGUAAUGACUGGCUCCCCAGUCGAUAUAAGAGAAAUCAUUGAAGGCUCCUCGGUGGAUGCAUCAGACCACAGCAAGGCUUUUGUUGUCCGACCAACCAAAUCUGUUCCCGCGUUCGGCCGUAACCGCGUGGGCAUAGAAACAAGUUCUGGCAAGCGACUCAAACACGCCUCAUUCAGCAAGAAGAAACUGGGUCGGUUUCAUGAGAAUAUGUCGGUGAGAUCCAUCUCAUCCAACGACACAGGAGACGAACAUAUUCGGAACUUGCACAAGUCCAACGGCAUGUCCAGCCCUACCCUCUCUUCGAUGACAGAUCUGGACGAAGCAUCGUCUUACACUAGAGGUAACCCGACCUCUUCACUGACCCACGGUCAUCUUCGACGAAAGGAGAAGAAGAUAAAGAAACGCGUCACCAAUCCAAACACCCCGGUCAACUGGCAGCUCGUGCCCGUCUCCCAGGACCAGAAUGCUAUUCCAACAGCUCCUUACAGUGACUACAGUGAUUACGAUGUCUUCCAGUUAGGUCUGUCCUGGAUGGUCCAGAGAUUCUUCCACCGCAUCACAAAUUUCAACCCGAUGCAGCGCGCUAAUAACCCAACCGCUUCUGGGGACAUGACAACGCAACGUAUUGCGGACUAACCAGGAGUGACCAUCAGCCCACAACAGCAGUAGGAAACAUGGAGGCACAAUUCCCAAAUUUCUGAAAUGUCACAAAAUAAAAGAAUAUUAAUUCUGUUCAGAUAAUCAUGUUAGAUUAAUUGAAUUCUCGUUCAGAAGUAGAUGCCUAUAAAAUAAUUGUUUUAAUUAAAUUUACAAAGAAUAACCCAAAAGUGAAAGCCUUAUUGGGAUACAAAUCCGAGUAUAUGUAGCCAUUGUAUGAUACUAUAAUCUGACCCUUUUUUUUUUUUUUUUUUUUUUUAGAAAUGCUUCAUAAAAUAUUGAUUCUAUAUCUGACUGUUGCCAUUAAUUAGCCCAUUGUUUUCAAAGCAUGGAGAUAAAAGAAGACGCUUAUAAUGAUAGUCUUGUGUAGUUAAGUCAUCCUGGCUACAUUUAGUCAAUAUUAUUCUAAAAUUGUUUCAUUGCUAAAUAAAAAUCGUCAAAUUUUUUGUUGGUGGAAGGGGGAAAAAAGGGGGGGGGGGUAGAAUGAAAAUAAAUUUUUGAACUGUAACACAAAAAAAAGUGUUGAAAUUUAGAACAUCGGAGUCCAAUACAAGUAUCAAUUGAGAUCUCAAUAGUUGUAUGACCAAUGUUUACUGUGUAGAACUUUGCUUAUUAAUGAACUUUGGACAGCAAUGGAACCACAACAAAUCAUCAACUGGAAAUAUGGACAUUUUGUUUGAUGGGCACAUUAAUAAUAAACAAACUAAUUAUGUAACCAAGACAACCAAAA